CUUUAUAAAGAACUAAUUGAUAUUCUGAGUGUUCAACGUUUCCUACUUUUCCGUUCUGAAAUAGAUUUGCAUACAAUAGAUAAGGUGUAUAAAGCUAAAUAUGGAAUAUAUCUGUCGGAUGAUGUGAAACGAAUUUACUAUGGUGAAUAUGCUGAUGCUUUGUUAAAACUUUUGAAAAAAGAAGAAAUCCCAGAUAUAUAUCAACAUUCAAUACCAUUACUAUUACCUCCACUACUUCACGUGAUUAAAACUUGA